AAACUGCUGAAUGUUUUAUUAUUGAUCUUACUGAAAGAGAUAUAGCUGACGAUGAAGGUAAAAACAUUAGUAUAAAAGAAGAUAUAGAAUGGCAUAUUUCUUCUCCUGAAUCUGGAGAAAAUGACGAAUGGUUCAAAGAAGAAUUGUCUUAA